UGGCGGCGGGCGGUCUGGUUCGUUUUCUCGGCUGCUGUUUGUCACUCUGUGUGGCCACUGCUCCUAUCCGCAGCCACGCGCGUUGUCGCCUCCACGGCCCACGCGGACACGCCCACCGCUCGAAGCAGCGUAGCGACUAGCGAGCAUUCGCACAGCGGCUCUCUUUCCUCGCGCAGUCGCGCUAGACAAGCGGCUGCCUCCUUGCAAGUUGCUACUGCUACCCUCACCCUACUACCGACGAGACGUCGACGGCGACUUGGUCUAAGCCCCGCCCACCCGCCAAUUGCCACCAAAAACUAACCGCCUGCUCUUUCAGGGGAGCGGACCCGGACGACGAGCCACGCCGACGCUAGGGUUUGGUUUCGCCGGCCUGCCCGGCCAUGGACCUGCCCCCGGGCGCCGGCCGUCGCACCACCUACUCCCUCCUCCCACAGUUCCCCGACGACGCCGCCGCACCUGCUCCCGCCCCCGCCAACAUCCUGCAGCGCCAGUCCAGCGGCAGCAGCUACGGCGCCGGCAGCUCUAUCUCCACCUCCAGCGACUACCCAUUCCACUUACAACCCCCCGCCUCGGCCGCGGGGGUCGCGCCGCCCGGAUCGGCAGCGGCGCCUCCCGGGGCGGCUGGCUCGCCCUGCAAGAGCUGGGCGCAGCAGGCCGAGGAGACCUACCAGCUGCAGCUCGCGCUCGCGCUCCGCCUCUGCGCCGAUGCUGCGUGCGCUGCCGACCCGGGCUUCCUCGACCCAGGCGAUUCAGGAAGCGGGAGGGGCAGCGGUAACGGGAGAGCCUUCCCGCUCGCGCAGCCCGCGCCCUCUGCGGAGUCGCUCUCGCAUCGCUUCUGGGUAAAUGGUUCGCUAUCAUACAACAGCACAAUACCAGAUGGAUUUUACUUGAUUCAUGGGAUGGACCCCUUUGUAUGGUCACUAUGCACUGAUGUACAGGAAGAGAACCACAUACCCUCCAUGGAAUCACUCAAGUCUGUCCGUCCUGAUGAUCCUUCCAUUCAAGCCAUUCUUAUCGAUCGAAGAACUGAUUUUGAAUUAGGUAUGUUGGAGAGUUAUGCUUCCAGCAUUCUUUCCAGUUCUGCUGAUGCCAAAGAUGUGGUAAUCCAACUGGCCAAACUCAUAUCUUCAAGAAUGGGGGGUACAACUUCCAAUGAAGAGAACUUGCUUCAACGAUGGAAAGAGUGCAUUGAGGCCAUCAAGUCAAGUACAGGAUCUGUUGUGCUUCAUCUUGGAAAGCUCCCUAUCGGUCUUUGCAAGCAUCGCUCGUUGCUAUUUAAAGUGUUAGCAGAUAAAGUCAAUAUUCCUUGUAGAGUUGUCAAGGGUUGUAAAUAUUGUAAAUCUGAUGAUGCCUCCUCCUGCCUUGUACGCUUUGGGCUUGAAAGGGAGUUCUUGGUUGAUUUAAUUAGGGAUCCAGGCCAACUUACUGAUCCUGAUUCCUUUGUCAAUGGUCCCUACUCACUAUCAGUAUCCUCACCUCUCCAUCCCCCAAAAUUUAGGUCAUUGGAGAUAACUUCAAAUUUUGGUUCAGUAGCCAAGCAAUACUUCUCAGAUUGCCAUUCCCUGAAUCUCUUGUUCAGUGAUUCUUCCACAGGUGUUGCUAAUAGCACAGUAAUUUCUCUGGACCAUCCCUAUUCUAAGAAACAUGUUGCUGGGGAUGAUGUUAUUAACAGCUGGGUGCCAGGAAAAGGGCAAGGAAUAAUGAAGCCAGAUAUUAUGGUGCCAGAAGCUCCUCGGGUGGUUUUGCCACUUGUUACUUCCUCCAAUAUUAAGCUUGAACUUGACAAAAAGAAAGAAUUGGUGACUACACAGUUGCGGAAUACAGUCAGUGAUCUGUCACUUGCUGCGGAUGAUUUGAUCAUUCCAUGGAAUGAGUUGAUUUUAAAGGAGAAGAUUGGUGCAGGUUCUUUCGGAACAGUUCAUCGUGCUGAUUGGCAUGGAUCUGAUGUUGCAGUCAAAAUACUUAUGGAGCAAGAUUUUCACCCAGAGCGUUUCAGGGAAUUUAUGAGAGAGGUUGCAAUCAUGAAAAGUCUGAGACAUCCAAAUAUUGUCCUAUUCAUGGGUGCUGUUACUGAACCACCAAAUCUAUCUAUAGUUACAGAAUACUUGUCUAGGGGCAGUUUGUAUAAACUUUUGCACAGGAGUGGUGCAAAGGAAGUUCUAGAUGAAAGACGCCGAUUAAACAUGGCAUUUGAUGUGGCCAAAGGAAUGAAUUACCUUCAUCGACGCAGCCCUCCUAUUGUUCAUCGUGAUCUGAAGUCUCCAAAUCUUCUAGUUGACAAGAAGUAUACUGUCAAAGUAUGUGACUUUGGCCUUUCAAGACUGAAAGCUAACACUUUCCUGUCUUCCAAGUCUUUGGCUGGAACUCCUGAAUGGAUGGCACCUGAAGUGCUUCGAGAUGAACCAUCCAAUGAGAAAUCUGAUGUCUAUAGCUUCGGUGUUAUCCUAUGGGAACUAAUGACACUGCAACAACCAUGGUGUAACCUGAAUCCUGCCCAGGUGGUUGCUGCUGUAGGUUUCAAAGGAAGAAGGCUUGAAAUCCCAAAAGAUCUGAAUCCUCUAGUAGCCGUAUUAAUUGAAUCUUGCUGGGCCAAUGAACCAUGGCGAAGACCCUCGUUUGCAAAUAUUAUGGACACUUUGAAACCAUUAAUAAAUAAGGUUCCGGCACAGUUGAUCCGUUCAGAUUCGUAGCCUGUUCUAUACGGGUACGGGAAGAUGUAUUUUACUGAGUGGUCCUGAUAACAUCAACAUGAGUGUCCUAAUACUGAUCUGCUAUAAUUGAAUAAUCCUUGGAUGGUAUUACUCAUUAUGAUAAUACAAUUCUCAUAAUCUUUCAAAUGAAGUGUGCCUGGCAAUUUCUUUCCAUGGCUUAAGGAAGGCACCAAGGACUAUCAUUUUGGCCUAGACUCUAAUCAGUCAGUGUCGCUCUAAUAAAUCGGGUGCCCGCGAAAAUAAGGCGGCGCAGAUCUGUCCAAGCAGCCUUAACAGCCAAUGGAUGGGUGCAUGAUAUCUCUGGAAGCCUUACGACGCAGGUGCUGUUUGAGUUUUUGUUGGUCUGGGAUUUACUCCAAGAGGUGCAGCUGUAUCCUAAUGUUGAGGAUCAGCAUCGGUGGUUGCCAUCCUCCUCGGGGCUGUAUUCCGCCAGCUCUGCUUAUUUGCGCUUCCAUGGUGGUGCAACAACCUUUGAGCCUGCUAAAAGAAUCUGGAAGACUUGGGCCCCCCGUGCUGCGAGUAUUUCAUUUGGCUUGCAUCUCUCAACCGAUGUUGGACGGCUGAUCGACUGGCACGUCAUGGAAUGGAUCAUCAAGAUAGUUGUCCCUUGUGUGAUCAGCAGGAUGAGACAGUGCAUCACAUGCUGGUGGCUUGUGUUUUUACGAGGGAAGUUUGGUUUAGAA